GCGAGUUGCAGCGAAACGCGGAGAGAGAGAGAGAGAGAGAAGCGCGGAGGGAGAGGAGGAAGGAGGAUGAUGGGAGCGAAUAUUAUUCCCUUUUGAGUGACCCAUAUCUGCCAGGAGGAAACCCAGAUAUUAUCUAGGCCUAUAGUUCUUGUUCUCGAGGAUUUUUCUACACCAAACAUGUCGGCGUCGGCGAUAUUUAUCCUCGACCUGAAGGAAAGGUGCUAAUCUGCCGUAACUACAUGGGGAACAUGGACAUGAAUGAGAUCGACCACUUUAUGCCGAUCCUGAUGAAGAGAGAAGAGGAGGCAGAGAUGACGCCUCUGGUCACGCAUGGAUCCGCACACUUUCUGUGGAUCAAACACAGCAACCUCUACUUGGUGGCCAUGACCAAGAAGAAUGCCAACGCUGCUCUGGUGUACUCCUUUCUUUAUAAAAUAGUACAGGUAUUCAAGGAGUACUUCAAGGAGCUGGAGGAGGAGAGUAUCCGGGACAACUUUGUGACUGUCUACGAGCUGAUGGACGAAGUGAUGGACUUUGGCUUCCCUCAGACAACCGACAGCAAAAUCCUUAAAGAAUACAUCACCCAGCAGGGUCAUAAAUUAGAAGUCGGGGCGCCUCGACCUCCUGCCACCGUCACCAAUGCCGUGUCCUGGCGAUCGGAGGGCAUCAAGUACAGGAAGAACGAAGUUUUCAUGGACGUCAUUGAGUCAGUUAAUCUGCUGGUGAGUGCAAAUGGCAGCGUCCUGCGGAGUGAGAUAGUCGGCACCAUCAAGCUCAAAGUGGUCCUGUCGGGGAUGCCUGAACUCAGACUGGGCCUCAAUGACAAAGUGCUGUUUGAGAUCACAGGCAGAGAGAAGAGUAAGACGGUGGAGCUGGAGGAUGUGAAGUUUCAUCAGUGUGUCCGUCUGUCACGCUUUGAGAACGACCGCACCAUCUCUUUCAUCCCCCCUGAUGGCGAGAGCGAGCUGAUGUCCUACCGCCUCAACACCACGGUGAAGCCGCUCAUAUGGAUCGAGAGCGUGAUUGAGAAGUACUCUCACAGCCGUGUGGAGAUCAAGGUGAAGGCUAAAAGUCAGUUUAAAAACCGCUCCACCGCCAACAACGUGUCCAUCCUUGUUCCAGUGCCCAGUGACGCAGACUCACCCAAGUUCAAGACGAGCACGGGCAGCACAAAGUGGGUGCCAGAGAAGAAUGUGGUGCAGUGGAACAUCAAGUCUUUCCCUGGUGGGAAGGAGUACAUGAUGCGGGCUCACUUCAGUUUACCCAGUGUGGACGGGGAAGAGUUGGAGGCGAAGAGACCGAUCACUGUGAACUUUGAGAUCCCAUAUUUCACUGUAUCUGGGAUUCAGGUGCGUUACCUGAAGAUCAUAGAGAAGAGCGGUUACCAGGCAUUACCAUGGGUGCGCUACAUCACACAAAGUGGAGAUUACCAGCUCCGGACAAACUAAAGGGCACAGAUGCUGCUAGACGAAUGGAUAUUUUCUCUCUCUCUCUCUGGGUCUAUCUUCCUCUCCUCUCCUCUCCACUCCUCUCCUCUCCUCUCCACUCCUCUCCUCUCCUCUCCUCUCCUCUCAUCUCCUCUCCUCUCCAGCUCUCCGGCUGCAGUGGACAGCAGAGGACAAGUGCAGAAGGACACCUUACUUUUUUUUUUUGUUUUCCAGUCACACAAACAAAAACAAGACAUUUUCCUUUCCUAUAAGACGUUUUCAACUCAGACUGAAGAGACUGUUGCACCACUUGUGACCUGACCUGUGAUUUUUAUUUUUUUUUCCUCUCGAGGCUUCCUCAGGACUCCGACUAAACAUUUUAAUGUGUGAAUUAUUAACUGAUGACUUUGUGACACGGUCUAAUCCUCAUCACUUCUCCUCUGUUACAUAACAUGUCCCUCAAGGUUCAUUUUGAGCCAACACGGGGGGGGGAAGACAUUCAAAGAAAGAACAAAUGACAAACUAAUGACAAAGAAUAGAAUUUGCAGCAUUAUCUUUUGGGUGUAUUUUUUUGUGUGUAGCUUUGCACUGUGUAAACCAGCAGGUUAUGUGCUGCCCAUGUGAGGGCUAAUUGUGAUUAUUUAAGUCUCCAAGGGCGACGAUGUUGCAGAUGUGGGACUAAGUUUCAGCUACACCAAAUAGCCGCUCAUCUGUUAGCAUCUUUUAUCUGUAGUGUCGGGGUCUUACUGCCUCAUCUGUUCUGCUCCUUUACAUCCACUUUUUAUACUUAUACGGCCUCCUUUUACUUAUGCUGUUAAUCUCCACCCCUCUCAAAGGCGCAUGCUUUUUUUUUAUCGGAACCUCUACAUUAUGUUUAUUGCCUUAAAAAAAGAAAAGAAGAAUUGUCUAUGUAUCAUCACCCUCAGCACUGUGAAUUUAAUCCCCAGUGCCCUGAAACCAACACCAGCGACCACAUCAAUGAUUAAUACGGCACAAUGUUGUCAGAGGCGUCUGCAGUGUAACAUAAUACCGUGGACGCUCUCCCACGGGGCCUGAACCUCAUCCUUUUGCUUAAAAUCAGCCUGAAGCUCUGAAGGAACGAGCGCCGUGCAGAUUUUUUUUUUGUCAUAUUUUUAUCAGCUGUUUAUUCUUCACUGCUGAGGCCCCUGUAGGCAGAGUGUGAAGGACAAACCUGGGGAUAGAGGGAGGCUUGUUUUUGGCAUCACAAAGGUAAAACAGCCUAAAGGGAUUUCUCUGCAGAAUCUGGGAAUAUUGACAAAAUGUUGAUCUCUUUCUUUUUUUUUUUUCUCAAUGAUAACGUCAACCUGUCCCGGCCUCUAUAGGUCGUCAGUAAUUCACUCCCUGGUUGUGUUGUGAAUGCACUGCACCACUUCAGCUCAGCGGCACUGCCAACAGCAAAAGAGGAGUCAUGUGUCGGCUUUAUUGGAUCUCCGCUGCUCAAGUGCGAAACCUUCUUUUACAAUCAUUCCUUUAUGACUGGUGUGGGGACAACUUUCAGACACCAUGGGGAUUGUUAAUAAGUGUGUGUGAAAAUGUGUUGUCUUUAAUUUAUCAACUACUGUGUGUCCAUAGGAAGCAAAGGGAUAUAUUUGGAAAUAAAUACUUUUUUGUAUCUUGUUUUUGAA